AUGAUGGAGGCGGUCCAUGGCAUCGUCAUCGUCGGUGGUGGCAUCUGCGGCCUCGCCACUGCUCUUGCUCUUCACCGGAAAGGGAUUCCUAGCCUCGUGUUAGAGAAGUCCGAGACUUUACGAACGGAAGGCGGGUCCAUUGGUGUCCAUGUCAAUGGAUGGCGUGUUCUAGAGCAACUUGGGGUUGCUCCAGAGCUCCGGAAGACUGCCGACGUUGUUACCGAGUUUCACGACGUGUGGCAGCAAAAGCAAGGAAACAAGAGCGUUGUGGUGCCUGUCAGGGGUGAGCUCCGAUGGUUGAAAAGAAGGGAUCUGGUCGAGACAAUGGCCAAGAACAUACCUUCAGGAGCAAUCCGCUUCAGCUGCCACAUUGCAGCGAUACGCCCAGCAAAUCCGGGGAGCCAUGGCGUGGUUCUUACAACACUGGACGGCAGUAUCAUCAGGGCCAAGGCCCUGAUCGGAUGCGAUGGCUCGAACUCAGUGGUAGCCAAGUACCUGGGCUUGUCCCCGGCGAAAUCAACCUCUCGCAUGCUUCUUCGCGGAUACACGAGAUACCCACAUGGACAUCCAUUCGGACCCCAUUUCCUGCGCUUAAGAGGCAAUGGUUUCUUUGUCGGGCGCUCUCCCAUGACUGACAAUCUAGUGAAUUUCUUCGUAGCCCUUUGGCACCCUGGUGCAGAUGCCACCAAGGACGCGAGCGCCAUGAAGGAACUGGUGCUCGAGAAGCUCAAGGGCCAGUGCUCCGACGAGAUCAUCGAGAUGGUCCGUGAUCCGGAACCCGACUCGCUGAUCCUCCUGACCAAGAUCUGGUACCGGCCGCCAUGGCAGGUCAUGUUCAGCAGCUUCCGGAGGGGCACGGCGACGGUCGCCGGCGACGCGAUGCACGUCAUGGGGUCGUACAUCGGCCAGGGGGGCUCGGCGUCGAUGGAGGACGCCCUCGUGCUCGCCCGGUCGCUGUCGCGAGCUGCCGCCGCCGCCGGCGGUUCAGGUGGGGAUGAGCUGUGCGAGAAGAAAAUCAGCGCGGCGAUGGGGGAGUACGUCAGGGAGAGGAGGCUGAGGAUCGUGAGGCUGUCGCUGGAGUCCUUCACCAUGGGGACGCUGCUUGCAACCAAGUCGCUGCUCACGAAGCUCGCCUGCUUCGCCAUCUUGUCUCUGUUGGGAACCGCUUCACUCGGCCACACCAAGUAUGACUGUGGUCGCCUCUAACGGUUGCGUUCUGGACCGGCUGCAGCUCUGGGCCUUUGCAAGAUAUCUCUAAACUUUGUUAAAAUAAAAAACUAUAUUAUUGGUGUGGUGGUAUAAAUCCUACUCAUUCUGUUCUAAUUAUAUGUCA